AUGAAAUUCUUUCAUAAUGUUGAUAUAAUCUCUUACUAUAACAGUCUUCAGUUUGAAAAUUCAUUCUUCUAUUAUGUUGAUGAAAAUGGAAGACGUCAAAUUAGAACUGAGAAAAUGUCUGUGAAAGUUGUUUACGAGGGGUUGGAUGGAGGAUGUUUUAUAAUGGCUACCAAUUGUAGUGGUAAGACACUAAUAGGUAAUGGCAACUCUGAAGAUUUGAUUAGUUAUUUGCCAAGCAAUGUGAUCGACUGCAUAAUGGAUCAUCUACCCCUUCAUGACACUGCAAGGCUGGCUAUCAUGUCGAGGGAUUGGAAACAAAUUUGGAAGUCACUUCCACAUUUGAAGUUUGAUGCUCAAUUCUUUAAACAGGUGCUUAACAAAAAUGAAUCUGAGGAUAUUGAUUUCUUCCGCAUUGUCAGCAAAGUUCUACUCUCUCACAAUGGCCCCAUACCUCGAUUUUAUCUUCACAUUCCAUACAUGAUCUCAGAAGGUCCAGAUGUCAGUCCCUUCAUAAGCUUUCUAUUAAACAAUGGUGUGAGAGAAAUCACCAUUGAGAACUGCAGCAGCUUUUCAUUUGAUUUACCCUCUCAUAUAUUCUCAUGCGUAGAGUUCAAAAGCUUGAAACUUGAUUUUUGCAUAAUACUUAUCCCGCCUACAUUUAAAUGCUUUAAAUAUCUUAUCCACCUUCAGCUUGACAAUGUGAGAUUUACAAGGGGUAGAUUUAGAAGUUUCAUUGCUGGUUGCCCUGUGCUAGAAACAUUGAUACUAAAGGGAUUUAGCGGUGUUGAUCAUCCUACUAUAGAAGCUCCUAAUCUGAAGUUCCUAAAUGUCUGGGGCACAUUCAAAUCUAAUUCUUUGAAGAAUUGUCAAGGUCUUCAAUCUGUUACUAUUGGUUUGCUUGAAAAGGUGGCCAAUAACCGUGGUGAAAAGGCACGUGAUCUAUUUGACUUUAUUUCGAAAUCAUGUAAAGUUCAGGAGCUUAAUAUCGGAGGCUACUAUUUUGAGUUCAUGGCUGUAACAUGCUAUUGGGGUGUGAUGAGUUGGACUUUUAAGGAACUGAAGCUUCUGCAGUUGUCGAAUAUUGAUGCCAAUAACUUUUUUCAAUUUUUCUGUGCUGGUCGACUGAUUCAAUACUGCCCUAACAUGGAAGAACUUGUAAUAUCUUUCAGGAGCACUGCCUGUUCGAAUGAUUAUGUGGUAAAUUCUGACCCUAGCUACAAACACUGUAGCCUACGCAGAGUUUCUUUUGACUCUGUUAGUGGUUUCAACACGGAACUCAAUUUGAUUGAGUUUUUACUUUCCCACUCCCCUGCACUUGAGAAGGUCUACAUUAAGGUCAAUCCAACGCCCGCGUCUGAUUUAGAGUGGAAAUUAGCAAGAGCGCUAAUGCGGUUCCCUCGAGCAUAG